UACAGUGGCGAACACGUAGAUCGCGAUUGUUAGUCAUUAUUGCCCAAACAGGUAUUGUAACUUUAUUGUGUUCCGGUGUUGUGUUUGGUUUUUUUUUGGACAUAAUUCACAAUUGCAUACGCCAGUUGCGGAAACAGCCUCAAGAUUGAUCUGGAUCUACAUAGGCAGGCCGCCAGUGGCCACUUUCUAAGAACUGGCGGCCCAAUGUGUGACGGGGGCUUUAGUGCCGCCGAAGGUCUAUCGCGAAUGGCAUCCCUCGGCGGAGCGGCCUUGGGCGUACCUCAAGGACUUGCGGGACCGCAAACACCGAAAAAACAUCAAGACGAUCACAUUAAAAGGCCCAUGAACGCGUUUAUGGUCUGGUCCAGGCUGCAGAGGCGGAAAAUUGCUCAAGAGAACCCGAAAAUGCACAACUCGGAGAUUUCAAAACGAUUGGGUUCCGAAUGGAAAUUGCUGACUGAGGAUGAAAAGAGGCCGUUUAUAGACGAAGCGAAACGACUUAGAGCACUUCACAUGAAAGAGCAUCCGGAUUACAAAUAUCGGCCUAGACGCAAACCGAAAACGUUACGUAAGGAAGGUUAUCCUUAUUCGAUACCAUAUCCUUCCGUGCCAAUGGACGCGUUACGAGCAGGCAUGGCAGCGAGCAGUAUGACGCAGUCUAUGGCGUCCUACUACAACCCAUCCGCCGCCUAUGGUUCUCUAAGCGCGGCAUCAAUUGCCGCCGCCGCCGCCGCUCAACAAUCCAUGUCGGCCGGCUUAACGUCACCUGCGCAGGUUGUUAGCUCAAUGGAUGCAAUGAAAUACUCAAUGGAAGCCGAUAAGUACCGAUCGGCCUACAUGCCACCAUCAAGUUUAGCAAUGUCGAUGUACUCAGAUCCAAAAUACAUGGACACAUCUUCCAAAAGUUACCUAGAACGCGGCUACCUAGACUCCACAUCCGCACUAACCAAAGCCUACUUCGAAUCCUCCAAAAUGUACAUGGACGGCAAAUACAAUCCAGAUUCCGCCCGCCAUUACUCAUUAGACAUUGGAAAAAUGUACUCGGACGCCUCUCCGACAAUGCCUUCAAACUUGGCGUCGCCAAAAUCGUCCGACUCGCCCGACACCAAACCUGAACGACAAGAUGGCACGUCUUCCUCGAGCUCCACCACGACCUCCUCGGCGGGCGCGUCUCCCGGCGGCCUCCCCGGUUACUACCCCGGCAGCGCGUUGCAGCAAAACAGCGCAAUGCCUUCCGGUCUUUUACCCAUGUCCCAAUAUCCAGGUCAGUAUUCGGCGCAAGGCCCGGCAGGCGAAUUCCGUAGACCGCUAACCGUAAUAUUUUGACCUGACAGGUUGUGAAUGUGCAUUAUUUAUUUGUAUAAAUCAUUGUGUACGUCUCCUAUUUUUAUUCUUCAGUGUAAAUAUUUGUAUAUAAGUAAGCACGCGCGUUUCUUUUCCAUUAUCUGCAUUGUAAAAAUGUACAUAGAAUUAUUGUUAUGUUUCUCAAACGAAGAUGGUGUUUCUUUUUAUCGUUAAAAAUGUGUUUUCUUUUAUACUUGUAAGACAUCUCCCUUAAUAGUGAUAACGACCCUUUAUUCUUUUUUUGUUUAUAAGAACUUGAUAUUACUUUGGUUCCUAUGUUAUAUAGACAUUA